UUGUACAGCUUGGGGGGAAAGCACCGUCCUCGGACAUUUACUCAACGCCGGAAACUUGCUUGGUGGUGAAUAUAUUACCUUUUUUGGGACAUUUUUUUCAUCUUAUGGAUGACCUUCGUUUAUCAUUCUGCCGCAGCAUAUGCUUGCGAGAUAUAAAACUACCUUAAUUUACCGCUCGAUCAACAGAUCAAAAUGGUAUUAUUUAUAAGAAGCUUCUGCGGACUGUCACAUUCUUGAUAACGGUUUAUCAGCGAAUGCUCGAUCGGACGGUGAAUUUUGCUUCAAGUUUCUUUAACUAACGUUGGUGAUUUGAAUGCUGCUUCCAUUUGUUUUGUUUUUUCUCUCAUCACUCAUUGUCGAAUUAAAUAACAGUAAUAUAUCGCAUUUAUACAGUGUAUUACUGUACAUAGUCAGAACGACGUCUCUAAGAAUUUUUACUGAGUAUUGUAAGCUCAGUUAUAUUAGAUUCCAGCUGUCAAGACUGCAAAAGGUGUAUGUGCAUUCUCCACUUCCUGGGGAGCAUUCUAACAAGCAAGCGAAAGAGAAGGAGUGAAUUCCUGCGAGCCUUAUUUGCUAUGAUACGGAGGUGAUUCUUGAGACAAUGAAGAAAAACACGUCGGGAACCAUGGUUACGUUGCAUGCUGAGAGAAGGAUCCCGGUGGAUCCCAAGAAACCGGCCCUCCACAAGAAACCACCCAAACACAUCAUUCAGGCUCCACCGCCUAAACCCUGUAGCAAACCUCGUCGAAACGAUUCGGACGAUGAGUCCGACGACGAGGACCAGUACGGUUACAUUCAACCCGAAGCCCAAGCUGGUGAUAUAGCUAAUCUCAUCCGUCAAGCAGGCCGCCUCCCGAUCUGCGUCAAAAUUCAGAGCAACCCGCCGAUCAAAGAUUGCGAUUGUAGAGGGGGUGAUAUUUUGAUGCUGCACUGCACCGAUAAGGAACAUUUAGUGAAGGCCGUUGAACCAAAUGGAAAUACACUUUACUUACCAGUUCAUUCAAAUCAGCUAUAUGAAAUUCUGCCAUUAGAUCCUAAAUUAGAUGGUAAAAUUUAUAGAGGAACGAUGGAACUAGUGAAAGCUGACCCUCUCCCUCAGGUAGUCCGUGUUUUAAUCGGAUACUUUGACGAGGCGGAGGAAGACGACACCAAGGAACAAAAUGACAUCAUCACGAUCGAAGGAGUCAGCAAAGAAGCUGAUGAGACGUAUCUGAUAGGUGAGAUCAUGGGAGAGCCACAGCGUUUUCGAGCAAUGAAAGAUGAAGCAGUAUACACAACUCAGAUCUAUCCAGAACAACUAGCCAUGCAUGAUAUCGUCCUCAGAUUCAAAGAUAAACUCCCAGUGAGAGUCCGAACAGCAAACCCGUUGACUAGUUCAAGAGGGCGUCAAAAAGAGCUGGAAUAUCGAUUGGAAGCCUUCGUGCCGAGAGAGCGAGUUAUAGCGACCAGAGCACGGGGUGAAACCGUCAUUGCCUUCCCCUACAGCGCACCCCUUAAACUGGAUCUCAUUACCCCUCCUUGGAGUAUCUUACCCUCUCUGAUGGCGCCCCUGUACGGCCUUCUCAAUACAUCCAUGUGCAAGAAAGGAUUGUCUGAGAUUCGCUACCCACGUAAAGCUAUGAAGGCAGUUUCCCAACCGAAGAAAGAAGUUCUUGACGAAUGGCUACAAAGUCCAGAAGGUAAAAUAAAAAUCAAUGAAAUUGCUGAAGAGGAGAAUGCGGAUAUGCAGAAGAAGGUGAUAGCUCUGAAGGCAGACCUUAAACGAACAGAAACCGAGUUGAGCUUCCUGAAGAGCCAACGCCCGCCACCACCACUGCCGCCGUCACCUUCUCAUCUGGGUCCGCUUUCGUCGACCCCAUCGCUUCUACCGACUCCACCGAUUCUACCCCAAAGAUCGCCAAAUCGCCCAUCCACUCUACCCGGUCUGUCACCACACGCACCCAGUAGCAUUAUGGGUUCAACCAGCAGUCUAUCAAGUUUAGAACCACCACUACCGGCCAGACCCAGCAGCAGAUCAAGGUCCAACAGUCUCGAUGGAAACGAGUAUGACGAUCUUGAGAUUAAGAAUUCACCAUCCAAAGUAACGAUUGGUCUAGCCAGCACUGACUUGGAAAAGGAGCUCAAGAAUUUACUAGGAGAGAAAGUGGCGGAAAUCCAAUCAAAGGAUAAGGAAUAUCGAUCUUUAAAGGAGCAACACAAGAGCCUGCUGUCUAAGCUUGACGAGCAAACCCAAAGGAUUUUAAAACUGGAGGAGGAAUUGGAUGAAAUGAAAGACGAAGUAGAUUGCUACGACUUAAUGAUACCAAAUCCUAACAAACAUUCGAAUGCUACAAAUCAGCAUCAGGUGCUACCAAAACAGUCACCAGUAGACAGGCGGCCUGAGAGAGCGCAAACGUUGAAAUCAACGAAAACUACUCUUCCAAGCGCUCCUGUAAGUCCAGGAAUACCCUCUCCACGGAGAGAAUCGAACACUCCCCUUCCGAGUGUUCCUACCAAUCAAGCAUCUUCUACUCUUCCCAGAGGAUCUAGGCCUAAACAUCCUAGAGAGGAGUAUGAGCCAAUUCCACUUUCCAUGAUAUCCGGCAAAGACGAUCUAUCAUCGAGACCUCGUUUGAAAUCCCCACAGAAGAAGCCAGCCCCCGCACGAUACCCCCUACCAACGGAACCGUUACAACCGCCACAAAUUCUUGGGACAUCAGACAUUACGUCACUACCGCUUUCUCAGCAGACAGACAGCUUCAAACGAUCUUUGACAGCCAGACCCUCCAAUGUUGAAUCUGUACAUCGUAUGAUCAAGGUUCCUGUCCCACCGAACGGGGAAUAUGAUCUACCGGAUUCAGACUCUCCCCCUCCUCCUCUUCCUCCUCCACCUCCUCCUCCAACAUCGCGUGCUGGUCGACUGCCUUCCUCUAGGACCAAACAGCCUUUGGAUGAACCCCUGUCUCCAAAUCACCCAUUCGAUCCCGUCUUGUACGAAACACCCAAUACUGAGUUAAACUCCCUCAGCAAGGAAAUGGUGUCUAUUCUCUUGAGGAGUAUAAAUCUGGACGAUUGUGUGGAUCGCUUUCUGCAGGAGAGCGUGGAUGGAAUCCUCCUGAUGAGCAUCGAUGAAGAGAUGAUGAUGAACGAACUUGGAAUGACUAGUUUCCAGGCACGAAAACUCACAAUCAAAAUUGACGAGUUAUCACGUACUAACUCGGGAACGCGGCGGGAUUUGUAAUUUCUUAUACGCAUCAGGUUACUUUUAUUGAAAAUGAUGGAACAGCACAUGCAGUGACAUUAUAUCAUACUGUACAAGUAUUAUCAAAGGGACAUAAUAAUCUUUAUAGCCUUUCUCUUUUGAGGAUAUUUUGUUGAAUGUCAUUAACUAUAUUUAUUAUGGUAAUGGAAUUUAUGAACCGUUGUAUUUAACCUCCUUUUUGGAAGAACAUUUCACCAAAGUUGGCUGUAAACAUCUUUUAAUAAUAUCUCUCCUUGAACACACUCCUUGAUUCUCAAAAGGACAAUGUGGCAACGCUGGCACAAAGACCUAUGAGUUAAACUGCAUAUCAGUUGCCCUGACAAUAACCAAACGUGUUUCAUAAAUGUACCCAGAUCCCCUC